AUGCUCGCCGGGGCGCCGGCCGCGCGCGGGCUCCUGCGGCUGCUGCUGCCGCUGCUGCCGCUGCCUCAGGUGACGCCCGGUUCCGCGGCCGGCGGCUGUGAGCCCUCGGACCAGUGCCCGCCGCCCGCCCGCUGGAGCAGCCUGUGGCACGUGGGGCUCGUCCUGCUCGCCGUCCUGCUGCUGCUGCUGUGCGGGGUCACGGCCAGCUGCGUGCGCUUCUGCUGCCUCCGCAAGCGGCCCCACGCCCGGCACCUGCCCCCGGCGCCUCCCGCCUGCGACCUGGCCCUCUUCCCCGGGGACGGCGACAGCCCGGCACACAGCACCGUGACCUCCUACAGCUCCGUGCAGCACCCGCUGGGCAUGCGGCUGCCCCUGCCCUUCCCGGAGCUGGACCUGGACGCCAUGACCCCGCCCGCCUACAGCCCAGUCUACACCCUGGAGCUGCCCCCCUCCUACGACGAGGCUGUGAGGAUGGCCAAACCCGGACAGGAGGAGCCGCCGCCUCCGUAG